AUGAUAGUAAUGGGAGUGAAAAUUCUUCACCAGAAAGUGAAGCACAAGAAGUCUCUAAAAAUCUGCAGAGAGCUCUGCAUGGAACCUCUUAGCCGUAUUGGGAUUUCAUGUUAUGCUUGGGGUGAAAACAAGUCAGUGGAGGAUCAUUCCAUAGAGGACUUAAUACAAAUGAUUGCCAUGAAUGGACAAAUUAUCUUGUAUACAAGGUUAGGGUGCCAGGAUUGCAAAGAGACACGAAGAUUUCUGCAUGGGAAAAGACUUCAGUAUGUUGAGAUCAUUAUUGAUGUGUAUCCUUCCAGGAAGCCAGAGCUAGAGAAGAUUGCUGGAUCUUAUGCUGUUCCUAGAGUGUCCUUUAAUGAAGUACUUAUUGGUGGUUUGGCUGAGCUGAAGAGUUUGGAGGAGUCUGAGCCUCUUGUUCAUUUUACACUGGUCUGUGGUACCCGAUCUGGACCAUCUCUUCGAUGCUACUCACCACAAAGCAUUGAUGAAGAGUUGAUUGAUGCUGCUCUUAAUUUCCUUAGAACUGAGGCUUCGGAUAAACUCCAACGCCUUCAUCUCAAAGUUGCUCGAGUGUUCUUAACAGACAAAUUCAUUGAAGUCGAAAGCACCAAUAUUGGCAUUGCUGAAGUGUAUGUGUGGAAAAAGUUGAACAAGGAGACGGAAAUGCUGAAAAGCUUGGGAAAUAAAGAGGCUAAGAAGGAAGUUUAUGGGACCACUUCACCCUCUUUCGGUUCUGGCUUGGAUUCAUGUUCCGGUGGCUGCAGCUUCCUCGGGGGUUUUUAUAGAAUUCACCCUGCAGCAUAA